AUGGGAAGAAAAAAGCAAGCGCAGCAGAAACGCAGCAGCGGCUGUCGGACCGAGAUCGCGCGCCAACGAACUCCACCAAAACCAUAUCGUGGUCUUCCUCCAGCAUCUCCUCCGCUAUCACCUCGGGAGUAUCUUGAGGUGCAUUCGUUGGACGCAUUGGACUCCUUUUUUCGAGGGAACGAGACGGUUGCUCUGGACGAAAGUGCGUUGAACGACACUAUCGUCGGUGGCGAAAAUCGCGUGCCGAUUGAAGCUGCGCCGAAAUCUCGCACUUAUCGCCAGCUCUUCUUCACCGAUGACGAGUCGACUGACGGAGAACUUGACCAAGCGUUCAUCGAAGAGCCCGAGCAUGGUCGUAGACGAGCAAACUUUUGCUACACCUAUCGGGGGCUCAUAAAAAAAAAGGGCCGCAAAAAUCCUGCCGAAGUCAUUCGGUACGUAGAUGACAAGGGCAAUUCAAGCCGGUGGUUCUUUCGCCCUUUGUACGCCCGUUUCUGCAGUACCAGCCACGGCUACUUAAAAUUCGACGAGUCUCGGUAUGAAGGGACUGGCGAAGAUCUUGACAGAAUCUUAAAGAUUCUUGAUAAGGUCUCCCGAAAUCGAGUCUUCGAAAUGGCGGAGCUGGAGAAGGAAUUAGAGAAUGAAGAAUAUGGGGUAUUGGUCGAAACAAAGGAUUAUCUUUUGCCUCUGCGCAACAUCCAGUUUGGAAUUGCCAACCUCAAGAAAGACGAUCCUGACCGAGCUCCAGAGCACGAUGAACCUCCAGCAUACGUUUUCGAACCUUGA